AUGAAAGUAAUUAAUUUUCAGUGUUUUCAUGUUGCAGUUGAUCAACAUGUUGGCCUUUUGCUUCCCGUAGAUACUUUAAAAUUUCUUCAUAACACCUCGUUCGCACACAUGGCCGUAUAUAUUUAAAUUCUUGAGCCACUAACAGUCCGAAAUACUCAUUUCUUUUAUCCUCUUCUCCAUAAAUUAAGCAUUUAGAACAGUUUGUUUCUUCUUUCAGUAAAUUUUCUUUUACUUUAUCCUCGUUUUUUUUCUUUGUUGCGACGACGCUGGGUAAAUCAUCUGGACACUGGGUCUCACUAUCGCCAAAUAUAUUUGGAGAUCGGCUUCGGCUACGGCUUGGCAGACAUUUUUUUCUUUCUACAAUUUUAAAUUAAAUUUAUUAGAAUAAAUGCUUCGAACACACGCGAUCUAAGUACCUUUUGUGUUUAUUAUACCUUACCUACCUAGGUAUAAAAAGAGUACUUACGUAGAUUUUCUUUUAUUAACUGUUUUAUACGAAGAUCUUGAUCUCUCAAAUUAGCAUCCAUUUUACUUCCAGUGAUUAUCAACUAAAUUAAUAAUCCACAAAGUAUUAAAUAACGUUUUUAUGAAAUAUUUAGCACAAAAACAAUACCCUUUAAAUAUCGAUCGUCAGUAACUGUGGCUGACUUACCUAUAUUCUAGCAAGCAGGACUGCCAGAUGUGAAGGGGAAAUCCCCAAUAAAUUGUUGCAUGUGACUGAUGAUGUGAGCAUGUUCGUUUCAUAAUAAAAAUGUUGCCAGGUAACCAAAAAGUCGUAUGUUUUUGUGCGAAUUACGAUCAUAAUCUUUACGAUCGUACAUUAAAAAAUAGACAAAUAAUAGUAUGAGUACGAUUUAAAUCGUAUAUCUGUCAACCCUGCUAGCAAGACAGCGACAAAAUCACGUUGCAUAAAAAUGUAGCCCAAGCUUAUAUCUUAUGAAAUAUACGGAAGAGAUACGGACUUAGAAAAAACAGAAAUGUUGUUCUUUGUGGAAGUCAUUGAUGAAAUUCUAUGUAUUUUAGCCCGCAAACUUUCUUCAAACAAAAACAGCGCCAUCUAGUAUCGAGUUCUGUAAUUAUCUCUUUGUUUAUGGAUUUGAAGUAAGACCGCCACGCAUGCAAUACAUUAUGACUGGGGAUUCCCCUAUUCGUCGACGCUGAAUAUGAGGCGACGACAAUCACUGUCAAACGUGUUCACUAUUACUCUGACUCUGGUAACGUGACUUCCUGGUAACGUGUUAGGUAGGAAAAGCAGUAAAAAAGUGCAUAUUAAGGGAGCAGAUUUGAAAUAAUAUUUAUACUUAACAAGAAAUAAUUAAAGGUUCAAUGGGGAGACCUAAAGAUUUACGCAUAUGGGAGCACUACCGUACUUUACCAAACAAGUCUGUUUCUUGCAAGCUUUGUAAUAAGGUCUACAAAUUCAGUAAUGCUGCCAAAAUGCUUCAACAUCUUAUCACUUGUCCAAAAUCUCCAGAAACAUUAAAAGACUCUAUGAAACUUAUAAAAGAUAGCUCGUCCAAAACCAAAAUGUCUGGACUGUCAGAGAUAGAGACAAAUGAUUCUUUUAUAAGCCCCUCGUCGUCUGCUAACACUACAAUAAAUGCUGAGUUUCAAGACACCGAUGAUCAUAUAAAAACAGAAUUAGCGAGAGCUAUAUUUGUAACAGGGACGCCAUUAUCGAUGGUGCAACAUCCUUUAUGGAUACAAUUUUUCGAAAAAUUGCAACCAAAAUUUAAAAUACCUUCACGUAAAGCUUUAGCGACAAAAUACUUAGAUAAAAUAUAUAGAGAAAUGCGUUUUGAGUUAAAUGAGGAACUAAAUGCUUGUAGUUACUUACACCUUCAGUGCGAUGGCUGGUCUAAUUUAAGAAAUGAAGGAAUAAUAAACUUUCUUAUAUCAAAACCUCAACCUGCAUACGUUAAAAGUUUGAAUACAGAAAGUAAUCCUCACACUAGUGAAUACCUUAGCCAAGAAGUUGAAAAAGUAAUGAAAGUGUAUGGAGCAAAUAAGUUUCUUGUACUUAUUGGCGAUAACGCUAGAAAUAUACAAAAGGCAUUCGAAUUAACAAAACUCAAAUAUCCACAUGUUGUUCCUCUCGGUUGCUGUGCACAUAUCCUUAACUUGUUGUGCCAAGAUAUUGUAAAGAUACAAGAAGUAACUGUGUUUAUUAUGCAAGCCAUAAAUAUAAUAAAAACUGUUAAAAGGAGUCAACGAUUAAGUUCCUUGUUGAUAAAAUCAAGGCAGGGUGAAGAUUCUACACAAACACUAAAAUUGCCUUGUGCUACAAGAUGGGGAAGUCAUGUUACUUCGUUAAAAAGUUUGAAAGCAAAUAAGAUAGCUUUGCAAAUAUUAACAGUUAGAGAAGAUGUGGUAAUUUCAAGAGAUAUUAAAGAUUUAAUUCUAAGUGAUGAUUUCUGGACGAAGACAGGGGAAUGUAUAAGUAUUUUGGAACCAGUCACUGAAAGCAUAUUUUACUUAGAGAGCGACCAGAAUCGUUUGCAUCGCACAUACAUUACAUUUAGAGAUGUACAAGCUAAGAUACGUUUUGCAUUAAAUGAGAUUUCGACAUUGAGCGAAGAAAGCAAACAGCAGAUUCUAACAUCAGUAUCUUCAAGAUGCAAUAUGGCAAUGAGGCCAAUACAUUUUGCAGCAUAUAUUCUAGACCCCAGGACUCUAGGAGUCGAACUUACUCAAGAGGAAGAACUUAAGGGUAUGGAGUUUAUCUACAAUUUAAGCCAACACUUAAGUUUGUCAAAUGUAAUGGCAGAUUUGGCGUGUUAUAAAGCUAAAGAAAACUUUUGGGCCAGAGGAUUUGUAUGGAGCUCAUUAGAUAGCAUUGAGCCCCUAAUAUGGUGGAAAGGUAUUUGUGGUUCCACUGAGUUAAGCAAAGUAGCGAUUCGUAUUCUAUCAGCUCCCUGUACUUCGGCAGCCACUGAGCGUUCCUUUAGUAUCCAAGGCUACAUACAUAAUAACAAAAGAAAUCGACUUACAACUGAAAGAACUGAAAAAAUUUCAUUCAUUUGUUAUAACUGGAAUCUUAAACAUAAAGCUGAAUGCGAGGACAUUCAGUUUAAUGAAGAAAAUACCUUAGAAGCUUUCAUUGAGCAAGUAAAUGAACAUAACAGUUUAGACGAAAUAGAGCCUAUCGAACCUAUACAAUUCAUCGCUUGUAAUAACUCUGAAUCUGACAGUGAUUGACUGUAGUUUUACAUUUUACUUUCAUCUCUUUCUUAAUAAACUCAAAAUCAAAUUAAAAGUUUUUUAUUCUGUAGGCUGCAUAAUAAUAUUGUCUAUGUCCAGUAUAGUGGACGUCUUGCGGCUGAGAUGACGAUGAUGAAGUACAAAAUCAUAAACACCCAAAAAUUUGGGUGUUUAUGGGGUUUAAACCCAAUAAACCCAAAACACCCGGUUUUUACCCACCAGACUUUAAACCCACCCAGGUGGAUUGCC